CACAUUCUCAGACUGGAGACGAGAGAGCCUUGCGUUAUCGACGCUAGCACAGCCCGGUCGGAUUGAACCCCUCCACACGAGGCUGAAAUCCCGAGUCUGCCUAUAUUUCAACCGCCACGAUGAUUCCUCCCCAUCUGACAUCUCUCGCCCACCACUCUCGACACCAGGGGCGAUGGAGGGAGCCAGCGCUGCAAUCACCUUCAUCCAACUCGGCCUGAGCCUAGCGACGACCCUGAACACCUACAUCGCCGAUGUGCGCCAUGGUCGCGAUGACGUCGCCAACCUGGCCAACGAGAUCGAAGCGACCGUCUCGCAUGCGCAGGAACUCGACAAACUCAUCCAGGAGAACAAACUGACCGAGCGAUGGAGCGACCACGGUGCUUUCCUCGCGCAGAAGUGCCUAACGGAUUGUCACGAUGUCAUCAAGAGGCUGGCGACUCUGCUGCGUCGAUCGGGUGGCACCGCGCCGGGGAUGCCGGUGCUCAACGGCGCCGACGAGGUCGAGUCGAGUGAUACCAAAUCGCUGAUUUCAAGGACGGAUAUCGACAUGUCGAAUUUCAAUCGUCUGUAUUGGCCGAUGCUGAAGCCCCAGCUGCAGUAUCUGAAGCAGGAGUUGCAGAAGAUAAAGAUCGAGAUCUUGCUGGCGGUGAAUACGUACCAGGUGAACGCGACCCCCAAGGCCGAUGAACGAAAAGCCAUCGCCGAACGAAUCGUCGCGCUCUGGCGAUCGCGUACCGUCGCCCGUCGCCAGCUGGUUGUUUACGGACGUGAGCUGGAGACACCCUACGAAGAUUAUUAUCGCCCAUACACUCGUGGACCAAGGCGGUACGAUGACAGAGAGAGGGAGAGAGGGAUCACAGAGCCAGACCCCGGUCCAAAUGACGGACCGCGCGAUCAGGACAGAGGGUAUCCUCCAGCUUCACCUCCCCGUUCACCCCCGCGGUAUUCUCGUCGUCAACGAUCGCCGGUUAUUAUUCGUGAACAGACACCCCGGCGCGACUCAGACGACUAUGAUUUCAGAUAUUUCCCUCGUCCAGAAAGAAACGGGCUCCCAUUUGCGCCCGAUUUAGAUGACGCACCCGAGAAGUCCCGAGGACGGCAGAUCAUCGACUACAUGUUAGGAUUUGUCCUGGCGCCUGGCGAAGAUGCAGUGGGGACGAGGCAGAAAUUGAAUCAUGUGUGGGACUCGUAUAAGCACAAUCCAGCGGCGUUGAGGAGUCACGGCAGUUCCCCCGAAGCCAGCGAAUGCGAAUGCCCUUCCUCUCGCUCUCAGAGACCCCGAAUCGCCAACCGGCGCGGCAUUUACCUGGUCUCUGCUCAUCUCGAACAGAUCCCCCGAGCUCACCGUGGAACCCUUCAACUAUCCGCUCGAGCUCCUAUCUAAACGUCUGUUCAAGGAGGAGCGAAAAGCCAGAAAGUCUGGCCCGCCAGGUCUUCAAGCCUAUAACACCAUCUCGACCCUGCCCAAACGCUACCAAACCAUGAUUACCAGAUGGCUUCAGCCGAUGGGCCUGGCUCCCUUCCACUGGGAACUGCU